UAGUCUAGGGAAACACUAUAAGAAUCACUAAACAUUGGCCACCCUCAGUCAUUCCUGGGCGCCUCCUUGUAGGACACCACCUCCUCUUCUGCCCCCGCCAUGGCCUCGGCCAAGGCAAGGACUUCGUUUCUCCUGCUCUUGCUCCACAUCUUCCCUGCGGCCCCUUUCGAAAUUCUGAGAGACUGCAUCGUUUCUUCCCAAAUAACGGAGAGCAAUAUCCUGUUCGACACCCUGGAGUUCCUGGCCCUCGUGCCUGACGGACGGACUGGGAUUCGAGCUCGCAUCUCUUGCGCCGACGACCAGUACCAUUACAUCGAAUGGAAUUCUCAAAGGAUAACUGCGACGACGACGAGCACUUUCGGCCCUUACGGCGCUCCCGACAGCAGCAACGGCUGGACGAGGUUCACGCUUGGCUAUGUGGGACAUCUGACGCUCUUCGACGGCCGACGUCAGUCGUGGCUGCCUGGCAACAUUUCCUUCCAGUGUCCCGUGUCCAACGUGGAGCUCUCGGGAAGCUUUUUCACUCGGAUGUGUCCCACAAGCACGCCCGUGUGGAAGGUGGAAGGCAAGGGCAGCGUCGAUAUUCCCCUACACGUGGACGACGAAACACCAGAGAAUCUAACGCUGUUCUCCACGACCAACUUCCGACCCGUUUUCAGAGUCGACGAUUCGGAAUUCCACUUGGGGAUGAGUGGAGAGAGUCUGAUGACGGGGAGACACCACGAGCCUCUGUUUGGGGGACCAUCGCCUUGUCCUGAAGACAUACAAGGAAAACGGCAGUACGAUGUUCCAGGUGUUGAGUGCUGGUCUUCCCAUACACACGGAGAGUCUGAAAGAAGUCCCAAAGAGAAUGCGUGUUCAGAGUCAGGACGGCCACAGAUUUGUUCUGGUACAGAACCUGGGAUCAAGAUGGCCAUGGUACACAAGAGAGGCAAGAAAUCCUCAUGAUAACACGGAGGGGCAGUGCAACGAAACUGCAGUUUGCCUUGGCUCCUAUGCUGUGAUCGCCGGGCUGGGGAUUCUGGCGCUGGCACUCGCGGCAGCACUCCUGUGUCAAGGCCGCCAGUCGUGCUGUUGCUCAAAG